AAUCCCCCUUGUCUUCCUUGUCCUGCCGCUCCAAGGGGUGGAGGAGAGACGCUUCCCCACAGCCUGGCAACAGUGUGCGCGUAGUAACUGAGGCUGGAGUGUAACUAUGUUGGAGUAACUGGCGCAUUCCAGCGCCAGCUCCCGCUUCCCGGCGCCGCGCAGGGAAUGGCUGGGGGGGAGCAGCUGCGCAGGCUGAGCCAGUCCAUAAGGAUCUAAAUUUCAGCUUGCACAGCAAUGCUGCACAUUGCAGAGAGGAGAAGCUGCGUGCUGAUAACAAGGACGUGGUCAAAGUGCCACCCCUGCUCGUUGCAAGCCACAGAGGGGAUGUGUUUGCCUGUGCCAUGUGCAUUCCCAGCCAUAUAGAACAGAAGAUUCUGAGCUCGUGAACACGACACCUCAACACCUACAAUGUGAAAUCUGUGGAGAAUUCCUGUUAUUCUGUAGUAAAUAGCAAGAACCCAACAAUGGACACUCAGUUAUUUUCCCCAUUAUUGGGAGCAGUUCCCAAUACCCCCCCAUCCCUGGAAUCUUCCCGGCUGUGCAGCGACUGGUUGGGAUGUGGGGAGGAGAUUGCCUCAAAAACUGCUUUUCAGGACUGCACAAAGAAAAGGGCACCAAUAAAUCUUUCUUAUUCUGGCAAUGGCCCUGAUAUGUUUGGGCUGGUGUCAAGCAUUUUGGAGGAGCCAAACAAGCCUGAACCAGUUACAGAUUGGAAUUCUCUUUCAAGGUUGUUUCCCCCCAUGUGGGCGCCUGACCUGGGAAGCAACGGGGGGUUCCCAGCCAAGCACCCUUUGGAAAGCAGGGAUUUCCCAAGCCUGGUGGGGAGGACACAGAGCUGCCACCAGGAGCAGCUGCAGAAGCCUCCUGAUGUGGAGAUGUUGCCCAGAGGUUUGGAAGAUCUCCAGCUCAUCGAGUCUUGGCUUUCUCCACCCGGCCCUCGCCCUCAGCCCGACGGUGUCCUGAGCAACAGCUUCCCUGAAAAUUCCUCCUUGCAAAAUAACAAUAACAACAGGAUUCCCCAGGAAGGGUUUUCAUUUCACGGGGUGAACUUUGAUCAGCAUUUGUGCAGCUACGACCACGUGAGGCUCAAUGGAGACCAUGAAAAAUUCGGCUCCAAUUUUGGCCCUUUUUCUUCUCAGAGCAGGCUGAAAGAAGGCACUAAUGCUCAGAAGGAGUACUGGAAGAGUGAAAGGGCAAGAGGAAAAGCCCUGAAAAAUUAUGCUCAAGAACAAACUAAGUGUUCCCCUGAUCUUUCCAAGCAGCCCUUUGAUAACUCUUGGGAUAAAGUAUCCCAGGACAACCACUGGCUUUCUAAAAGAUAUGAAAAUGUUGGAUCUGCUCACAAACUCCAUCCAUCACUAUAUUUUUUCAACCAAGCCCCUAAUGAUAAUAAAUUCCCUGGAGAAACAGCCAGGAAAGCCCAGGAAACCCACGUGCAAAACGGCCAUUGUGGCUUUCCUUUGGGGAGUACUUUUAAUAAUAAUAAUAAUAAUGAAUGUAAGAUUAAUGUUGGCCCAAAAGAAUUCUCUCCUAAGGUAGCUGAGUGUGAUUUAUCUGUGAAAAACAUUGUGCAGAACGGGAGCUAUUCAUCAUACCAUGGAUGUGCGUGGCUGGAUGGGAAAGGUCUGGCUGCUGGAUUGGAUGUUCCCUAUGGAAAACAGGUCACAAGCCCACAGUUGUCUUCAGGGGUUUCAACCAUGUCUGGGGGUUCUCCCACCCAUCAAUCCUCUUACUACUCACAGCUCCUACCUGUCCUCCCUCCCAGGAAAGAUGGAAGGUUACAAAUAUCAAACGGUUUUUCUAAUAACUUGGGGCUUUCUAAUUUCACCUCAGAAAACCAGAAGCAAGUGAAACCCGUCGGGCAAUCCCAGCAGGAUUCAUUGACUAAUAAGGAGGGGCCGUACCAUAAAUUCCCUGUUAACUCCUCAUCUGACUGGGUGAUGCAGCAGAAGGCUGUAAGUGAAGACCCUGAGAAAUACCACAGGUUUCCAAAAAAGCAGACCCAGGAAAACUGCAAUAAAGACGACAGAAGAGGCAGAAGGAAUUGGAUUCCUCAUUUGGGAUGUACCGCCCCAAACCGCCCUCCCUUCAAUAUGUUCCCAAAAAGGCACGGUGAGAACGGUGGCAGCCUGUCAGACUUCAUCAACCCUUCUUUUCUUCCUUCUUUCCCGUUAGUGUCUGAUUUUAAGCAGAAUCCCAGCCUGCCUCUGUUUAAUCACCAUCUGCUUUCAUCAGCAAAUAAUUUGGGUUUUCCCCCGUCGCCCUUCCCCUUCUCGGAACUCGUUGACCUUUUUCACUGCGACGACUUUAACCCCCUGAGCCCCUUCCUCAACGACCUGUUCUGUGGGGAAGUGGCUGCACCCUACUUGGCCUUCCCACCCCCGUUCAACAAGUACAGACCCCCAAGGAACCGCAGUGGACCCGCUAAUGAGCUUCACAUCCGACUGGAGGAGUGUUACGAGCAGUGGAGAGCUUUGGAGAAGGAGAGAAAGAAGACUGAAGCUGACCUUGCAAGACACUUCCCAGGAAAGUGCACAUCCAGCUCCAACAACACCCCUGUGUCCCGACUCCCUGCCAACCCAUCCCGGGUGGAUCGUUUGAUCGUCGACCAGUCGCGGGAACAAGCCAGGGUGGUCACGCUGAUAGGAACGAUGGAGAGGCUUCGUGGUGCCCCCGUGCACAGGAACAUCUCCACGACCUUGGAGCACCACAUGGAAGCCAUCCAUGGGACACGGGCCCGUCGGAAGGAUGAGAUUGUUAAUGCUGCUAAUCCCCAGAGACAUGGAGUGCCACGCUCUAGCCACGAGAAAGAUGUCCUGGCUCUGGCAGCUGCCAUCAGGGCUCUGGCUGGUGCCACGCGCCGGGCUCGCACCGCGCUCUGGUGCGCGGCACAGAUGACUUUGCCCAAAAAAACCCCUCCUGCUAAACCAGAGAAACAAGGAGCUGUUCAAAGGGCAUUGCAGGAGCUUUCUCCUCCAGGCACAAGCACACAAGGAAAAAGCAACGUGGAGCAAGGAAAGCCCGAGGAACCCGCGAGGAUUUUGGAAUAACGGGGAACAACAGCGGCGACAAAAGGGGGAGAGGUUGAGGAUGGGGGGGAGGGAAGGACUCAGGGUCCUGCACAGCACCCUGGGAGGGAGUUUUGGUGGGAUGUGAGAAAGCAAAAGGGUUAAUUCACGUGCCUGGUCAGUGCUGCAGUUCUGUUACUGUGAUUCUGGUGUUGGGAGACACUUCUCGUUGCAGUGUUAAUGCAGUUUUAAUAUCGCCGGUAUCGCAGUAAGGAUUUUGAUGAUAAGAGGAACUAAACAAUAGCUGAGCAUUCCCUUGUGUGCUUUUCCAAAGCUCUGUGAGUCUCAGUCACCUGAGAAACCAGAGAGUGUGGUAGAACUUAAUUCUCCAUUUUUUUUGUUGAUGAGAUAAUUUAGCACAUUUAAAGGUACUUAAUAAUUAUUCAGGGCUUCGUGGGGUUUUUUUGCACCAUAAUAUAGUUCUUCUAAGAGCCAAAGUGAUCAUUGAGUAGUUUGCAUCCCAUCGCUCUGCCAGGAGGAAUCCACACUCCUGUGUUUUUGGGAAUCAGGUCAUGCAGGUUAUCACUAAUUCUGACAAGAAGUAAUCAGUGUUUAACGUUGGUUGUGUGAGAUGCUUCAGCAGUUGUGCUGCCAGCUCAGUUUCUGGCAAAACCAGUGUGAACUGAGCUUUCCCACAGCACAGUCCACUUCAAUAUUUCCAUUAAAAAAUGAUUUUGUAGCCUUGCAGUGUGUACUGCGUUGGAGUACACGUCAGCAGGUGAUAGAAAAACUGUCACUCAGGAUUAGAAAUUAGAUUUAUUGGCUCCUCAGUGGGUUAAAAACCAGUAACUGUAUAACAUAGUAUGCACUUAUAUUAAUAACAAACAAUAAUUUUGUAAUUAAGUUCAUGGUACUAUAAUUUUUUUUUUUCAGACACAUUCCAUAUUUAUUUUAAUGUGUUCAUUGAAUGUUUAUUUAAAAUUCUAUUUUAGUAAUAUAAAGUUUAAAUAUUUUGCCAAAUCUUCUGAAUAAUCAGAUCUAACGAUUUACUCAGGAACUCUGUAUAUUAUUAUAUAAAUAUUCACAUGAUAUUUAGGGAUUUUUUUUUUUUUUUUGGUGAAGGGAUGUUUGCAAAAUAUUUACACAGAGCUAACUAUGUACUAGGUUACCAAAGCUGUUUAACUGAUUAUUUUUGGGUGUGAAAGACUUAAUAUAUUUAAUUGCUGUUAACUUAGUCUCCGUUCUGUGGCUUAGACAAUCAAGAGUAUGGAUGUUCAGAGUGAGAAUUAGCAAAGAAUGAGUAAUUCCAGGUGUGUUCUUAGGGCAUUUAGGAAUAUUUUAAAUACUUUAACUUACUGUUACACUGUCUCUUAACAUGUACUAAUAAUCAAUUAAGGCUCUUAAGUAUCAGUAUAUAUGGUUUGGAGAGCAGUUCUUAUUUUAAAAUUGAAUUAAGUUGGUGAUAUAAGUGAAGUUUGAAAGGCAAAAAUGAAGAUUUUUAUGUUGCAUAGUGUUCAAUGUGGAAUUUGACGUUUUGUGGACGAUUAGAGAGCUGUUUCCAUAUCUAUGUACUUGCAAAACGUUCCAAAUGUGUAGUUUUGCCUCCGUGGAUGUUCCUAGAGCAGAUUUUGUCUCGAUAGUGCCAUCCUUAAAACUCUAUUGAGGCAGUAGCGUGGAAACUUGUAGCAAAAAUUCACACAUUGUAAUCCACUGAGCAAAGUUUAAAAGCAAAAGUAGGUAGAAAUCAGAUUCUUAGUGUAGCGAGAUUAUGUUUAGGUUUUUUUCCCUCUACAAAAAGUGAAUUCAACUUAAAAGAACAUUUUUUUUUUUCAGCCUUAGCCUAAAAAACAGUUAACAGUUAUUUGAGUGUGAGUGUUUUCUCUGUGUGCACAUGCAGUUUAUUUGCACAGACUUAAUUUAACAAGGUCAGAUUUGUGUUUGUGAAACUAAAUAACCCACACAGCUGACAAGUGGAGCUUGCAGUAUUUCAGUUCGUGGAUGAUUUUGUGGUUUAAUUACCAUUGCUGUGGUGACAGGAAAUCAGGCUUUGCAAGCCUGGGUCAGCUUUUUCUGUUUACAGAACACUUGUAGGGUGGUUUUGUGGUGAAUGUAUAGGGCAUAGUGGGUCCUUAUUGUAUUAUUAGUGUUAAUUAAUGUUGUGAAGGAACGUGGUCUUAAUUGGUUCAUAGUUAAUGUGCCUUUAACAGCCUCGUUUUCCCAAAGUGAUAAACAGCUGCUUUUUUUUUUCAAUUACAGUUAAAAAAACGCGUUUUAAAGGGUUCCAGCGUGGCUGCACUGGACUCCAAUUAACACCCACUGUUAAUUAUGGUAAUUGCACUCAUUAGACUGGCCAGUCUGGGGCUCUUUAAGUGGCUGUGGAACGUUGUCACCUCAGGUCUCGUGUGCCAGUGUCAGAUGUUCCUUGUCAUGCCCUACAAAUCCCCCCAGCUCCACACGCUCGGAUUUCACUUUGCCUCGCUCUGUUUUCUUCAGAAAAACUCCAGGUCUUCACCUAAAAAUGACUUUUUGUGCCCAUUUCUUUAACUGAUUUGCUUAUGGGCAGCAUCAGCCCCAGACUUACCUUCAGUUCUCAUGUCAGGACGCUUCAGUUCUGUUGCUUUAUUACUCCCCCUUUCGUAUUUUAGGGGGAAAACCCGCUGUAUUUUGUGAAACAACACCUGGAGUUGCAGCAGCUCUGUUGUUCACCACGUUGUUUUUGCUGCCUGGUGGUUAAUUUGUCAACAGGGUACGAAUUCUGUAAGUCUUGCACUGAAUUUUUGGUAUGAAUAAGUACCAGUGUAACGCUUGUGGCUUUAGGAGCUAAUUGUUACUGACUUCAAGGGAAGCAGGGUUGAGGUUUUAGGUUACACUUAAGCCAGGGAGGUGGUUUUGAUUUGGAGUUAGGUUUGAUUUUUUUGGAGAGGAGAAAAAAAAAUCCUCCUUUCCCUCCCCAUUUUGAGAAGCAAUCAGGUAAAACUUAGUUUAUUCCCUUUUCCAUUGUCACCUACUCCACCCCUCUCAGCUUUCUCGAGAUUUAAUUCUUUGAGGUUUUUCUCCUGUUUCAAUUUAUACAGUUUAAACUUUUAGAUGAGGUGAAGAGUUGCAGCCAGUCCUGGGAGCAGUGAUUGCUCCAGUUUAAGCAAACAGGUCCCUUCUUAAGUCAGGACUAUUAUCAGUGUGUGAUUUGAUAGUUCAUAGCAAAUCUUUAAUGCUUUAAAAAUCCCAAAUCUAUAGUCCUGUACAACACAGACUUAAGAAUUGCGAUUAUUUAUUUAUUUAUAAAUAACUGGAGGCUUCUGAUGAUCCAAUCUUAUUAAGUCCCAGAAGAGAGGCCACAGCAGGGGAAGAACUGAGAUUUUUUUUUUUUUUUCUGGUUAUGGGUUUUGUAUCUCUGUUUUUCUUCUGUACCCACAGGGUCCCCCUGGCAGUUAAAUUACUUUGAUGGUAUUUUUAGAAAGUAAACCCCAAGAAUUGGUAUUAAUUUGUUAUUUUCUUUAGAGCAGCAUGAAGGGAAGUUAUUUAAGUUCAUGAUGCUUGUCUUGCUGUGGCCUUUUCAGGAGUGUGUGAGACUUAGUUCUUGAACUGCUGCUGUUGGAUUUUUUCCUUCCACACUGAAUAUUCUUUGCUGGUGGCAUUUAGAACCACUACCAAUCCUUUUUGUCUGUACCUGGAUAGGUGUAAAUUGGGAAUUAUUUGCCUUUGGGCUUGGAAACUGCUGCUCUAGUUCAUGAGAAGUCUCUUAUGAUUGUUCCUGGCACCUUUUUUCCUUUGGUGAAAUAAAUGGUUUAAGGUGGAGAUCAUGCAAGUGGGAGGCUUUGCUGAGGUAGUUGCCUUUUCAGAGAAGUGUGGGGAUACUCCAGGUUUUUGUGGGAAGCUCCCUGGCUUUCCUGUGCACUUUUCCAGAGGUGCCAUGAGCACAACAACUUCCUGGGACUGUGUUUGAUCUGCAACCCUGGCCACCUCCCUUUCUGUUUGGGGAUACAAAGGGGGGGAAAGGGGAGCUCCAAGAAGGAAGGAAACACUGGGAAUCUUAAUUCCACUGGGGAGAGUCACUCCUCUGUGUGACUCCUGUGGCCAGAAGGGUGUGAGGGGCUGGGAAUCUGCCUUUGCUUAAACCAGGAUUCCCUUUUCCCAUGUGCUACUGAGACCUGUGGCAGAGUUGGCUCGUUCCUGUCCCGCUCUGGAAGUCAUCCUUCCACCUCUGUGUGUUUUAAUCACGUGGAAUUAAACUGUGUCCCAGCCUGAGGGGACUGGGAGAGGGCUUGGGAACAGCAGGUUCAAGCUGAGGGGUCUGGUGCUCCCUCUGGGAUCAGGAUCAUCACCUCUCCCAGCUGCUUCUGGCAGGGGGAGAGAACGAGGUAGGAUUUAAGCUCAGCUUUUCUAGGCUUAGCACUCCUUGCCUUUUGUCAUUUUCUGAGCACAAAAUCUGUUUGUUUGGGGGUUAAAUCUGUUCUUCCUUCAGUGACAACACCCAGCUUUGCUCAGUGGGAUGCUCACAGAUAAUGACUCAAUGACUUCAUAAGUCAGAGCUCUUAAUUCUGUAGAAAGCUGGAUUUUUUUUUUUGUUUAAAUGCUGUAAAGAUUAUGCAACAAACAGACCUUAAGCCUGUAUGUCUAUUUUUUUAAAACUCUAUUUUUACCUGCCCUGGAAGCUGGUGGGGUUUUUUUGGUCCCUUUGUUUGGGAGCUGCAAUGUCAAAAUGCUGCACUUUGGCACAACCCAAAGCAGUGGGUUUGGGGAUUUUGUUCUUUAUAUCUUUUAUUUCUUUGGCAUGUUCGCAGCUGUAAAACAAAUUUUAAAUUCUUUAUGGCCACAGUCUUCUCCAGGUUUAUUUAUUCUUCCUAACAGGAGUCAUCAAAGUGGAAGGACUUGAGUUGCUGAUGGUUUAAUCCUUCAUGUUUGUUGUGUUGAACGGGGGAAGGGGACACUUCACAUCAGUCAAUAUGUGGGCACAGUUGACUUUGGAAUGUAUAUUUUAAAUGUAAUUUUUAGAUAUUUAGGCUGAGUGUGGUCCUACUUCCAUUGGAGCCACAGCUUUAAGAGAUUUCUGGCCUGGUCUGGCUUUGCUGCUUCACUGGUUGAACCUCCAGUUAAGCAGCUCUUUGCAAACCCCAGCUUAGCAGUUCACCUUCAACCUUUGUUAUCCAGAAACUCCAGAAGGAUGAGUUCCCAACCUUUUUCUUUUUGUGAGCUUUCUCACUCCUUGGAAUUAGCCAGGAUAACGUUGGACCUACUGCAGAAAUUGGGGCCAAACUGGGGGAUUUCUGGAAGUUUUUGCACCUUGUUUUAUCCUGUCCUGCUUUGAGGGAAACAGAGCCUGAACCAUGUUAAGACUUUGAUUUGUUUCCCGUGCAGUUUAUCCAUGGCAGUCACCAGCACUUUUUUGAUUUGUGGAACUUGAUAUGUCUGAUUUUUAUCUGGUUUUUUUGCUUUUUUUGGUAGAUACUGAUUUGUAACUUUUUUUCAAUAAAAUAAUGACUUUGCCAAUCAAUUCCCUGAGCUAUAUGGAGUGAAAAGUCCUUAUUUUUCUUCAUUAGCAAUACUGUAAUCAAAGGUGCAAAAAAAAAAAAAUUGUUUAAUGUGUCUGUGCUGUCAGAGAUUGAAAAUGUAUCAGGUUAGAGCAACUUUUAAACCAGGUGAUGAACUGGAGCUAUAAAUCCUCUUUGCUUGUUGCCAAAUGGGCUUUAAAAAGGAAAAUAUUUGCUUGUAGUGCAUUACAAAAGUUUGUUAGAGAGAAUAAAUCAAAGAUCAUUGCCAGACAAAGAUUGCUUCACAUUUUUUUACUGUAUGAAAUACAACUUGUUUAUGCACAGUAAUAAUGAGCAUAGUUGGUUUUUUUUCACAGAAUGAGGCUAUUUCCAGUAUAUAGAUGGGAAAAAUAAGUUUCCUUUUAUUUUUUAUGAAAGAUAUACAAAGAUUAAUAGCAUCUAUAUUUUAAUAAACUGUUUGGUGUCCAAAAUGUAUCUUUUACAUGUCUGUUGGUCCAACUCAUUUGUUUAAACAAGCUAAUUUUACACUGCUGGUGAAAUAUUCCUGAAGGAGAUUUUUUGGAUUGGUCCACAGUCAGUUGGCCCAACAGAAAGAUGUCAAAUUAUAAUUUAGCUUUAAAGAAAAAAAAAAAAGUUGAUUAAUCAGUUUAAGCUUCUUUUAAGUAUUUCUGUAAAACAACUGUGGGCGUUUGAACGCUGCAAAUAUCUUACUUCUACCUCUUGUGUAACAUCCUUAAAAAAAUAAUCCUUCACAGAUAUGCUUUGGUAUCACAGGGUGUUGGUUCACCUUAAUUUGGGAAUUUCAUCUGCUUUUCCUUUUUUUUUUUUUUUUUCCCUCCUGUGGAACACCAGGAUGCCUUGUGAUGUCCACCUGUGUUAAGGAGCUUCAGCAAAGUGUGCACAUUCACAUGGUUUUUUAUUAAAGGCCCAAGGGUCAAAAGACGUGAUUAAAUUUGUGUUAUGUGUGUGGAAGUCUCAGAAAUUGGAGAAUUCUGUAAUAAUAAAUCAUGGCCAGCAUAAUUUUUCUGUUUGGUUGUUUUUUGGGGUUUUUUUGGUAUGUGAUCUGAUUCUUCUUUUAUUUAAAUAAUCACCUGUGUUGUGUGUAUGUCCUUAAUAAACAGUGACAGCUUUAGUUCAACCCUCA